GAUGGAUGGAUACAGACGGGUACAGUCCUAAAGAAGAAGAAGAACAAGAACAAGAACGAGAAGAAGGAGAAGAUACUGCAAUCAAUCAAUCAAUCCAUCCACUUACUACUUGCUACUUGCUACUUGCUACUUACUACUUCCCUACUUCUCUACUUCUCUACUUCCCUACUUCCCUACUUCCCUGCACUCCUCACUCUUCUCCAUAUUCCGGCAUUCUUCUGUGUCUGAAGAACUUCUCUUCACAGAAUCAAUUGGCCAUAAUCGACGGAAUUAACCUUUUCAGUUGCUGCAGCAUACACAGACAAAGACUGUGUGUGGUUGCAGAGUAAGACUUGCUCGGACUGUCCAGUACUCUACAUGUACACUAUCAGUCAAUCAUAAAGCUCGGUCCCAAGUCGUCGCAUAAUACAAAUAUCGGUAUAUCUAUAGGAAUCUCCAUCUCGACAACUGAGCCCCACCACCCCUCGAAAUCAAGUCCCUCAAGUUUCGCGCCAACCGCAUGGCUACUGCAGUCUGCUGCUUCCAAUAAGCCCGCGAAGUCUUCCAAAAUAAGAGGCACACCAUAACAUUCCUUCUCGCGAGACUCUCACCGUCACCUCAAAUUACAAUGGCUGAGACCACGACGGCUGCGGCUGAGGAAGAAAGAAACUUAGUGGCUCACUUCAAAGAGCAGAAAAUCCUGCCCCCCGAUGAAAUCAAAAAAAAUCCAAGGAAAGAAGGGUUGGGAGCAAGUUCGAGAAAUUUGAGCGUGCGAGACUUUGAGUUGGUGAGGACUUUAGGAACUGGCACAUUCGCUCGCGUCUGGCUUGUACGCCUUGCGAAUCCUGCUGAAGAGGAUCGUGAUAAGGUUUUUGCGCUGAAGGUCCUGCGGAAAGUCGAGGUCAUCAAACUUAAACAGGUCGACCAUGUCAAUCACGAGCGUUCGGUUCUUUCAGAUGUUGCUGGACAUCCUUUUAUUACUACAUUAAUUACUUCUUUUUCUGAUCACGAUUCACUGUAUAUGCUGCUUGACUACUGCCCUGGAGGUGAAGUAUUCUCCUAUCUACGAAAAGCCAAACGAUUCGACGAGAACACAGCUCGAUUUUAUGCCGCGGAAAUAGUUUUGAUUCUUGAAUUUUUACAUGAACAAGAAGGCGUUGCAUAUAGAGACAUGAAGCCGGAGAACCUGCUGUUGGAUGCUGAGGGACACAUAAAAUUGGUCGAUUUUGGAUUCGCAAAACGUUUAGGAAACAGGGAAACAUAUACUUUAUGUGGCACGCCAGAGUAUCUUGCGCCAGAGGUUAUUCAAUCAAAAGGCCAUACGACCGCCGUCGACUGGUGGGCUUUGGGCAUAUUAAUAUAUGAAUUCCUCACAGGAUAUCCACCCUUUUGGCAUUCAAACCCAAUUGAGAUUUAUAAGCAAAUUGUUAGCAAGCCAGUUUCUUUCCCUGCCGAACCUGCCAUUUCACCUGCGGCAAAAGAUAUCAUUCGCCAAUUUUGCACGCUCGAUCGAUCACAUCGUCUCGGAAACAUAUCCGGUGGCGCUGCACGGGUGAAAGACCACCCUUUUUUUCAAGGAGUGAUCUGGGAAGAUGUAUAUUACAGGAAAUACCGUGGUCCGAUUAUACCCCCUUUGAGAUAUCCUGGCGAUGCUCAAAAUUUCGAUUUAUAUCCCGAUGAAAAAGAAGGAAGAGAACCAUACACAGAGGAGCUCGCGGCAAAAUACGAUGAUUGUUUCAAGGGUUUUUAGAUUAUAACCCAAAUGUGGAUUCAUUGGCGAACGUUGGGACGAGGAUGGGAUUGGUGUACGGCUGUAUCAAUGGAUUGGUUUGCAGGUUUUAGAUACUGCAAAUGGCGUUCUUCGGGUACGAUAAUGGGUCGGUUAAAGAGAUCGGUUGGAGAGAUCAGGGGAACAUGUCAUGAUAUCGCUUGUACACUUUCUUAUGGAGAUGGAAUGAGAUAGCGGGUAUAUAUGGACGAGUUUUUGCGAACUUUACCUUUUAGGGUUAUGAAAGCUAAGACAUUAUCAAUUUGGGUUCCUGAUUGUCCCCAUAUUAAUUGUGGAUUCCUCCGAGUUGAGUUGCUUUGAAAUUUUAAUCCGCAUCUGGAACCGAAGCUCUAAGCGAUGCACUUCCUGUCUUGCAGCUCGGGAAUACCUGCGUCUGCAGAUUGUCUGCGGAAAUCAUUGUGAUAUGGAGUACACGGAUGCUCGGGGGAAAAUAGUUAGAUACAACAAUGCGGAGUAUCUGAGCCUCAGCCAUGCA